AUGCCAGACGCGGGUGAGACGCGGGCCGAGGUUGAUGCCCUCGCCGCGGAGAUUGCGCGGGCGAAGAGGGAGAAGGGGGCGGGCAGCGAGGAGUGCCGGGCCCUCGUCGCCCGGAUGACGGAGCUGCGCAGGCGGCUUCCCGUGGAGGCGUCGAAGAAGACGGCGCGGGCGCCGGAGCUCAGUUACUUCGACACGCGGCUGGCGAUGGUGCGGGAGCUGGGCCUCCUCGGCGCGGCCUACCCGCACAAGUUUGACCGCCAGUACACGAUCCCCGCCUUCAAGGCGCGCUUCGCCCCGCAGCUGAGCGAGAAGGGCCAGCGGGCGACGGAGGUCGUGACGAUCGCCGGCCGCAUCGUCAGCAAGCGGAGCUCCGGCGCGAAGCUGCACUUCCUCACGCUGCAGGGGGACGCGGACGUCGUGCAGGUGAUUUCCGCCCUCGCCGACUACGCCGACGACACGUUCGCCGCGGUGCACGGGAGGAUCAAGCGCGGCGACGUCAUCGGCGUCCGCGGCGUCGCGUCGCUGUCGAAGACGGGGGAGUUCUCCAUGAGCGCGAGCGCGAUCACGCUGCUCUCGACCUGCUUCCACAUGCUCCCGGACGAGUGGUACGGGCUGAGCUCGGUGGAGCAGCGCUUCCGCCAGCGCUACCUCGACCUCAUCGUGAACCGCGACAACGCCAAGACGUUCUUCACGCGCGCGAAGAUCAUCCGCUACGUCCGCCGCUUCUUCGACGACUUGGACUUCCUCGAGGUGGAGACGCCGGUGCUGAACCAAAUCGCCGGCGGCGCCGCCGCCCGCCCCUUCACCACCCACCACAACGAGCUGAACCAGAGGAUGUACCUGCGCAUUGCCCCCGAGCUGUACCUGAAGGAGCUCGUCGUCGGCGGCCUGGACCGCGUCUACGAGCUCGGCAAGCAGUUCCGCAACGAGGGCAUCGACCUCACGCACAACCCCGAGUUCACCAGCGUCGAGGCGUACUGGGCCUACAUGGACUACGAGGACUGGAUGCGCACCACGGAGGACCUCCUCUACGGGCUCGCCAUGCACGUGCACGGCACCCCGCUCGUGAAGUACGCCCCGAAGGACUCGGAGGGCAACCCGCUGCCGGAGGUGGUCUUUAACUUCAACAAGCCCUUCAAGCGUCUGUACAUCGUCCCCGAGCUGGAGCGGCGGACGGGGGUGAAGUUCCCCACCGACUUUGAGAGUUCCGCGGCCAACGGCUUCCUGCUGGAGCUCUGCAAGCGGCUGAAGGUGGAGUGCAACCCCCCCCUCACCACGGCGCGCCUGCUGGACGCGCUGAUUGCCCACUACCUGGAGCCGGAGUGCCACGACCCGACGUUUGUCUGCGACCACCCCCGCGUGAUGUCGCCGCUUGCCAAGUGGCACCGCAGGGACCCCCAGCUCACGGAGCGCUUCGAGCUCUUCGUCAACAAGAAGGAGCUCUGCAACGCGUACACCGAGUUGAACAACCCCAUCGUGCAGCGCGAGGAGUUCAAGAAGCAGCUGCAGGACAAGGAGAAGGGCGACGACGAGGCCAUGGACUUCGACGAGGGCUACGUUCAGGCGCUCGAGCACGGCCUGCCCCCCACCGGCGGCUGGGGGAUGGGCAUCGACCGCCUCGUCAUGUUCCUCACCAGCCAGGCGAACAUCAAGGAGGUGCUGCUCUUCCCCGCCAUGAAGCCGGAGACCACGAGCAGCCUCGAGUACCCGCCGGGGACGCUCCUCAACGGCCAGGGAGUUCCGCUGCUCUGA